GUCUCAUCUAACCCUAAUGUUCACAGGCGCAACCUUCCCUGCCUUUGAGCUUCAACCCACGCGGCGGCGCCACCCAUGACCUGGUCCGUACCUUUACCCUCUGGUUUUUCUCAAUUCGAAGAUCACCUGUUUCUCCAAACAUUCUACCCGUGCAUUUGGGUUUUACAGUGAAGAAAAUGCCUAAAUAGCCGUCCCAGAGGCCGAGGAGACCGCCGCAUGGAGGCAAAAUUUGCGUUUUGCAGUGAAGAAAGAAGAGAAAAAUGGAGACAUGCGUAGUGACUUGUUAAAUCUGAAAGCAGGCUCAAAGGAAAUUUUCAGAAAAUUCAACGUUGACGGGAUAUUGAAAGGGGUCGGCCGUUUUGUCAAUUAUUUUCGGGGGCUGAUUGUUGCUUAUACAUGCGCUGAAUAUUAGAUUUUUUAAUUAAAAAAUGUUUUACAGAUAUACAUGAAUUGAACGGGAAACGUUCCGCUGUAGCUUUAUUUAUUUAUUUUUAACAUUGGUGAUGUUAACUAGUUUACACAUACAUGGAGAGUACCGUUGUGGUCGUGGAAACUCAGAGUUGCAGUUCUAAUCUUGUCCCCAAGUCUGGAGAAUCACCAAUAAAGAUUGACUCAAUAUCUAUAGAUCUCGUCAAUGCUAAUGAUCACAUUGGUGCUGGGAAGUGUGAGCAUUUUUCCAUUCGUGGAUAUGCUUCUGAGAUGCGCCACAAAAACUGGACGAAAUGCUGGCCAUUUGCAUUAGAUGGUGGCCAGAGUAUAUCUGAAGAACAAGACUGUAAGCUUCCUCCUUUACUAGUUCCGAAGUUCAGAUGGUGGUGCUGCCAAAGAUGUCUGCACGAAUUUGGGUCUGACGGCAAUGUAAAUGAAGAGAGAACUUUUGCUAAUAAUGGUUGCAAAUUGAAAACCUUUGGCUCUUGUCCUCACCUGUCAUCAUCCAAUGGUGGUGCUACAAUUCAGUUAUCUGAUUUGCACCAGUCUUUAAAGAUUAAUGUUGUAUCAGGAAAAUCUGAUGUUAUGGCACGUGUUAAUGUCAAUAGCUGUGAUAAAAGUGAGAAAGCAGCUAAAAUUGCUAACAUACCAAUCAUAGGGCAAACAGAUCUCUUAGAAAAUAACAUUAGCAAAGAAACCCAUAUUUCAAAGUUUUCUGGAAUAGAUGUUAUUUCUAGCCUUAUGAACCGGACAUUUCACCUAGGCAAUAAAGUGGCUCCUCUGCAACUUGAUAAACCCAGUAUAAAGGAUAAUGAAAUUGCUGGCGAAACUGUUCCUGAGUCAAACCCGAGUUGCACUGUCAAGGAUGUCAAUGAAACAAAUCAAGCAGAAAAUCAUACUUCUACUUUUGUUCAGCAGAUGGAGUUCGUGAAAACUCGUGGUCCCUUUGGAGUAGUCAAUAUGGUAAAUGGGGUUAGUACAGCUGAAUAUCCUUCAUUGGAAUUAGAUGAUUGUGAUUAUGCGUCAUCUGAAAGUGCUGAGAUAUUGCUUGGAAGUUCAUCUGAAAGAAGAAAGAUCCGCAAGGUGCGUCUGCUGACUGAAUUGUUGGGUGAAAAGGAAGAUGAAAAAAAUGAUCUCUCAAGUUCAGAAGAUUCUCCUUCCACUGCCAUUCCUGAUGCAUCUAUGGGCAUAGAUUCAGUGUCUGCUCCCCAUGAUCAAGUCAGUUUCCAAGGAAAUGUUGCAAGCAAUUUGUCUCUUAGUAGAAAAAGAAAGUUGCCACAAGAUGAAACACGGAGGCUUGGGGAAAUGAGUUCUCCAAAUAGUGGGAAUAAAAAUCUUUGGACAUUCAACAGAGGUGCAGAAACUACUGAUGAAAUUCCAAUUCCUGAUUCAGAUUGUACAGUUAAUGGAAGUGUCUCACAAACUGGUGCAAAGAGUCAUUUGGUUAGCCUUAAGGUGUACAAAAGUCCCACUGCAGGAAAGAUGAAAAACAAAAAGACCCAAAGUUGUGGUGAAUGUUUGUCUGUUGGUUUGUCUCGAGAAAAACUCCAGAAGCAGAAACAGAGAAAGGCUGGGGAUACCACUAAGAGCAAUGCCACUGAUGUUGUUCUGUACAAGUCAAAUGAUGCAUCUAAAGACAAUGAGUUGAAUCCCUUUUCUGAGUCUGCCCAAAAGGUAGAGAAAAAAUCUAAUCUAUUGAAGAAAAAGAGUAAGAUGCAUCAAGAUCUUGAUGGGCAUGCUUUUCCUAUUCCUUGGAACAAUGGCUUGCUCAGAGAAGGUCUGACUUCAAGGAAAGAUGUAGAAAUACAACAAACUGGGUCUUUUGUUGCCCAGGAUGCAUCAGCUGAAAGAGGAAUGCAAUUUUCACUUAAUAAUUUCUUGCCUGCCAAAACAUACGAUGGAAAAUAUAUUACUCCAAUCAGAGAUGGGUUACCACAUCUAUUGCCUUGGCAAGGGCAUGUUCACACUGAAUAUGAGAUUGGGAGGAAAGAUCUAAAGAUGAAUUCAGUUGGGAACUCUGGUUUUCUUUUUAAAUCUGAACUGGAGGCAUAUCUUUGGAAGAGAAUGCAGGAUGACCUCAACAGUAACCAAACUACACACAGAAUACCAUUCCUGAAAGAGAAGCAAAAACACUACUCUUGUGCUGAAGUUGGGAGCUGUUCUUUGGUUCAGCAAAUGGAUUUCAGUGGUAAAAGCAAUAACGGGAAAUCUGUGGAGCUUCAGGACUACUCAGCAAUUGCGAGGAAGAAUUAUGAUCAACGAGCUGAAAGGGCAUCUGGGCAAGGAGCUUCAGAUGACAUACCCAUGGAGAUUGUUGAACUCAUGGCCAAGAAUCAGUAUGAGAGGUGUCUUCCAGAUAGAGAAAUUGAUAAACAAUCAUUGGAAACAACCAAUAACACCAUAAGUCAUCAGAUCAGGGUGGAUCUUAAUAAAGUAUAUGGAAAUGAAGAGAUGAGCCUGCUUCAUGAGACCCCUCAAAAACCAAAACCCCGGGCUAAAAACAGAAAAAUUGGCAAAAUUGAAAGAGAUGAUAUGCACAAUCUGGACCGGAGUCGGUACAAUAUGAGCCAAUUGGAACAAAGUUUUUCCGCCGUCAGCUUUAAGCCUUUUCCUCUAUGUAGAGAGAAGCCAUUGAAUGGAUUCCAAAUUUCUGCUGCCAAUUCCAGCCGGCAAAACAGUGCACAAAAUUGGCAGUCGAUUGGGAACAUGGUUGGGCAGAGGUCCCCUCAGGCCAGUGUGCAGGCAUUGGGAGUUUGUAAUUCAUGUCAGAGUGCUCCAAAUAACAUGCCCUAUUUAUUUGGGAUUCCUCAGAGGUGUAGAGAUCAGGUGGCCAAUGUCGAUGUGCUUUCACAUUGCCAUAGAAAUCUGUCUAAGGGAAAUGUGAGUGGAAAUGAUGAUAGGAAUAUCUUAAAUCAGGCUUCAAGUUUUGAAAAACAUGCUAGGAAGUUUGAUUCGGAAAUCCUUAGGACACAUGCAGAUUACCCAUUUGCUUGCAAACAUAACGGGAUGGGGUCAAUUGAUCUGUAUUCCAAUGAAACCAUACCUGCCAUGCAUUUACUCAGCCUGAUGGAUGCAGGGUUACAGUCAGGUGCACUGGUUAAUGUGGAUGGGAACCAAGGAUUUGUCAAGAAAACUUCCUCUCAUGGUCAUCAUCACUCUAAAGUGUUUUCGAGCCUGCCUUCUCGGGGAGAUAGGACCAAUUCAAUGAAACAUCCAACCUAUGAUUGUUAUGGUAAAAGCCAUCUACCCGAGAGUUUUUGCGAAUGUACGUUUGCCACACCUGCAGCCAGUCCUUCUACAUCAUUUCCGCAUGAUAAAAGUUUCAAGAAGGCAAGUUAUUUUACGGAUCAAUUAUCACUGAAUUCUAGAGAGAAAGAGAAGAAAUGCUCAGAUUCACGAAGGCAGAAUAAAAAUUGCAGAUCAAAAAAAAAUGCAUCUUCAAGUAGUGGCUUAAAUACUUGUCGAACGUGUACUGUUCAUGGUUUGCCAAAAAUGGUGCUUGGCACAUCUGAUUUUAUGAUGUUCAGGACACAGCUUCAAGCAUUAGUGAGUGCAAACAAACAGAAGCGGGAUGGUCGAACUAUGUGUGGUACUCUUUUCCAUCCAAAAAGUGGUUCGGAGAAUGAAAUCUGCUCUAUUAAUAGAAACCCUGCUGAUUUUUGCGCACCUGAAGCAAGAAAUAUCUACAUGAUUAGAGGUGAGGACCUGAAAUUUGGAAGGGGAACUCCCUCAUCUGGGAUGGUAAAACUAACCGGGAGCAAGCGUCAGAAGAAGCUUACUGUUAGAAAGGAACGGUCACGUCAUCGAACUUCAUGAGAUAGUGGUGAUUGCAUAUGCUGAUAGCACCACUGAACCACAUUCGUCUUCAUAUUCAGUUCAAAUGCAUUAAUUCCGUCCACUGGGGAACUUGCAUUCUUUCGAUCAGCAUUCAACUUGUGCAAUUUUCGGCAGGCAAAGUCAAGCACUUUGAUGCCUUGGUUAAGAAAAGCUUAAAUGCUUUAUGAAGCUUCAAGGCAUAAAACCGGUAAUAUUUCGCAACUCAAAGUUGCUAUUUUUUCAUUGCUCUACAUAGAACAUGAAAAGAAUAUGGUAGGUGCAUGGUAAGGCCUGUAAAACCUAAAUGCUGCCCUUUU